UUCCAAUGAACAUUUUCAUUCUUUUUAUUAAUAAACGACAUCUCUACUUGUAUAUAUUAUUUUUAUAAAUGUACAGAAACGAUGUUCAUAAUGAAUUGAAAAAUGUCAUUGUUGAUUUUGGUCAAAGUAGACGAACCUAAUGCAUAUAAUCACUUCUUCUACGUCAUACUUUGGCUACUUUAAUAUCGAUUUUCUGUUCGAAAGAAACCGCGUAUAACGCGCGUGACACUUAACAUAAAAAAUUUACACCUUAUCCAAGAAUUGUCAUUUUGUGUCGUGCGACACGUUGAACGUGUGAACUUUAUCACAGACUCUUCGGGAUUUAACUUUUUCUACAAACUUAAAGGAUAAAAAAAUUUCGAUCGAAGUAUAUACAUACCUAUAUACAUAUCUAUAUACAUAUCGAUAUCACAUACUUACAUAUAUAUAUAUGUAUACAGUAUGUAUAUAUUUUUAAAUCAAAGAAAGAAAUGUCUGAAAGAGUGCCAAACAUGUAGCCUUUACAAUCCACCAGUCUUAACUUUUCGCGAAUCGAUAUCUUGCGAUUAUGACGUUGAAUUCAAGGUAACACACGCGAACAUACACACACACACACACACACACGCACGCAAACAUGGAUACACACACAAAUCCACAAACAUACACGCAAUUAAGUUUUAUAGCCUUACCUUUUUCCGCAUCGCUACGCCAUCGCUAAAAUACGUUUUUUUUUUCCUUUCCUAUUUCGUAAACAUUAUUGUUAACAAUACGAAUCGUUAAUGCAAUAUACGGUCAGACUUUUUCAAAAAAAAAAAAAAAAUAAAUAAAAAGAAAAUUUCUCUAAAUAUCAAUUGAUACGAAUAGAAUAUAAUCGUUACCACAUCGAUAAGGAAUGAUUGAUCUUUCGUUGAGAUAGAAAUAAAAAAAAAAAAAAAGAAAGAAAGAAAGAAAGAAAUAAGAAAAGAAAAAGAAGUAUGUGAGUUUGCAAAAUUCCAAAUUACAUAAAUAAUUCACUAAAUGGAUUAAUUAAAAGACUAUCCCUCUCUCUCUCUCUCUCUCUCUCUCUCUCUCUCUCUCUCUAUCUAUCUAUCUAUCUAUCUAUCUCUAUCUCUACCUGUCUCUCUUUAUGUUUUUGGUCAUUCAACGUUUCGAUAGAAAAAAAGAAGAAAAAGAAAAGAAAAAAGAGAGAGAGAAAAAGGAAAAAAGAAAAAGAUCGAUCGAAAAACGAAUCAUAGUGAAAUCUCGUCCGUAUGGUAUACUUGAUAUAAUAUAUUAUUAAAAAGAAAAAUGAUCAAUGUUCGGAUACUCUCUUACGUUUCUUCGUGGCCUUAGCAUUCACUCGCGUUAUGUUAAUGCCAUAUGUGAGCCCGCUCGCAAAGAAACCCUUUGAUCUUUUUUAACCGUUUAAAUUUAUUGGCAAACAAAAGAUCUGGUUUACUCGGGCAAAUUUUCGUGUUAGGAGAGGAUGUUCGCUAGAUUGAAGAACGCCUGUCAGUGCCCAACACCGAAGUGCAACUUUCAUCUUCCAGGAAUGGAGAAGCCGGAAUCAUCUGCCGACGGUGCCAGUGCUAUGGAUCUUGAAGACAGGGAUCCAAAUAGUCUUAAUCAACAUCUUCAGGUAAUGUGGGACGACGUGAUCGGCGAACCGGAAGGCAUUCGAAGUCCGGAAUGCGCUUGGCGCUUGAGUGGCCACUGUUUUCGCCUUUCGAGGGGUUGCUGUUAUAUAUUUCUCUCGGUCUUGGUCGCACCCUUGCUCGCACUUUGCCUUGGCUUUACGUUCGCCUGCCUUGCGUUCGAGCAUAUAUGGUGCGUCGCUCCCUGCCUUCGAGUAUGGAAAAUAACUUGUGCAGCUACGAGAAGCUUCUUUACUGCUUUUGUUCAAGCAAUCGUUAGACCUGUCGCAGACGCCACUGGAUAUCUCUUUAAUAAUAUACGCGUAUUAAAUCAAAAAUUACCAGACGGUCCUGAAAAAAAGGACGAUAUUCUUAUAGUAUGAGAAAACAUUUCCAAGUUUUUCAUCCCGUUUUCUUUUAACGCAUUAC